CGUUCUGGCAGGCGCGCAAAUGACCAUCAGUUCCACCUGGUUGACUGAGUAAAUUUAUUGCCAUUUAUCACCACGAGUCAUCACCCGAAGCGAGCGUUGGACCCGCCGAUUGACCCGCCCCGUUGUAGUUUCAGUUGACACUUUUCCAAGUGCGCACGGUCAAAAAUGUGGCGCCUACCGACGGUACUGCUACUGCUGGUGCACUGUCUCGCGGUGGUGCAUCUUUUGGGCUUUACAUUUGUCAACCCGUGGCCACUGUGUCCAGCGAACGACAAACGGCUGCUCUCGCUGUUUAAUCUGCUCUGCAACACAACACAAACGUCCACUGUGACCACGCGGGACGCCUGCUACGGAUGCUUCUUUAGGGCAGGGUCGCUCGCUGCUGGACCAACGCAGCUGGCCGCCAUCAGCCAGUGUGCUUCGCUGUAUCUCAUCAACACGAGCUAUGCCACCUGUGCAACGAAUCUGGCGGGCAUCGUUACUGGAUCGCGUCCCGUAAUCGUUUCGCCCACCAGCGGCACCACUGUCGAUUGCUAUUCCGGGCAUUGCGAGUUUGUCCAGUGCAUUAGAAGGAUAAAUGGGAACAUGCUGAUCAACCAGUGCAUUCUGCAAACGCUCGUCAAUCGAGACCUGAAUGUGGAGGCACAGCGAGUCGGGUUCUACGUCAACACAACGUCCUGCAUUCUGGCCAGGGCUAGAUGCGAUCCGUACAACCCGAUCACGGGCCAGCUACAGCAGCCGCUAAACGUGCCUGCGGGCACAACCGGAAGGACGGGAUCGAACUCGCUCCAAAUUUCAACGACCGGUGACGUACGUAUCGUUUCAUUUCCGAUGAAAGUAGCCGUUGGAGAUGCGUUCUGCACGUCACGAACGAUGCUCGAUCAGUCAACGUUCGGGAAUUCCAUUUGCUAGCUCGAUGUUGCGAGCUCGGUGAAUUAACUCUCAUUUUUGGA